UUUCUGCCCACACCGGAUGUUAUUUGAACGGAUUCAGUCUGGUGUUUCUUGAGGAGUAAUGGAACAAAUCCAGUGAUUCAUUUACCUUGAUGUGCUUUUGUAAGCCAUGGCUCAGACUGAGAAGAAAGCAGGUCUGCUCAGGAGAACGUCCUCUAAGAAACCACUGAAGGAGAAGGUGGUGCUCAUGUAUGAUGAGAUAUUUGCGAAAGAAGACCCUACUAAGAGUAAUCCUCGCUUCUGGGAUGAGCUAUUUUUGAUGAAGGUGAAUCUUGAGUAUCUGGAAGGAAAAUUGGAGUCUCUGGACGGAGAUGAAGUGGUGAAAAUCAAAGAAAAUAUCAACAGUUUAUUCCAUCACUGUGUUCAAGCCCUGGGUGAAGAGCACCAGAUCAAAGUAGUCAAUGCACUUCAGACUCUGUGUGCACUGUUUCGAGGAGUUCACCAAAAAAACAAAUCCGCCACAGGUUUUGACAUCAUCAACAUGCUGAUGGGCUUCGACAAAGCUGAACUCAGAAUGAAGGAGCUGAUGGAGAGUCUGGAUAGUCUGUUGUGUGGUGAUGGAUCGGAGAGUCUGAAGAGUUUAUGUUUGAAGCUGCUGCUGUGUCUGGUCACUGUGACAGAUAAUAUCAGUCAGAAUACCAUACUGGAGUAUGUGAUGAUCAACAGUAUAUUUGAGGCCAUUCUACAGAUAAUGUCUGAUGUGUCCAGUCGAGCGCAGCAUGGUUAUGAUUCUGUGGUCCUUUUAGCCCUCCUGGUCAACUACAGGAAGUAUGAGUCUGUGAAUCCUUACAUUGUGAAACUGUCAAUAGUGGAUGACGAGCCCACUCUAGAUGGCAUGGGAAUGGUCAUCCACCAUGCACUUACAAAGUACAAUAGGCAGUAUAAAGACAAAGAGGAGGAAAACCAGGGAGGGUUUUUCUCCACUUUUACCAGCAUGGUGGGCAGCAUGUUUAUUGCUGAUGCAGACGAAAAACUCUCAGUGCAGACUAAUGAAGCCAUCCUGCUCGCUCUGUAUGAGGCCGUACACCUCAACAGAAACUUCAUCACUGUUCUUGCACAGAGCCAUCCAGAUAUUGACAUGACAGCAACACCCGUUAUGCCUGUCCCAGCCUCUCCUACAACUCCACUAGGCACUACACCACCCUCUCUGGACAUGAUGAAUAAUCCUGAGCUUCCUCUGGACCCGAACUUGCAGACGAGUAAUCUUCUUAUAACCUUCCUCAAAUAUUCCUCCAUCAUCAUGCAGGACACCAAAGAUGAGCACAGACUCAACAGUGCCCGACUGUGCCUCAUCAUUCUGACCUGCAUAGCCGAGGAUCAAUAUGCCGAUGCCUUUCUUCACGAUGAUAACAUGAACUUCAGAGUCAACUUGCACAGAAUGCCCAUGCGACAUCGCAAGAAAGCUGCAGAUAAGAGCAUCCCCUCUCGACCUUUAGUGUGUGCAGUGCUGGAUCUGAUGGUAGAGUUCAUCAUCACUCAUAUGAUGAAGGAAUUUCCCAUAGAUCUCUACAUGCGCUGUGUUCAGAUUAUUCACAAACUGAUCUGCUACCAGAAGAAGUGCAGAGUUAGACUGCAUUAUACCUGGACAGAACUCUGGGCAGCGCUCAUUAACCUUCUAAAGUUCUUGCUGUCUAAUGAGACCAGCCUUCUGGCAAAACACAAUAUCUUCCAGCUGGCACUUCAGGUUGUGAACCUCUUUAACAUGUUCAUCACAUUUGGAGACACAUUUCUGCCCACCCCCAGUAGUUAUGAUGAGCUUUAUUAUGAGAUUAUUCGCAUGCAUCAGGUGUUUGAUAACCUCUACUGCAUGGUGCUGAGGGUCUCAACCAACACAGGCCAGUGGAAGGAGCCUGCAAAUAAAGUUACUCAUGCUCUCAUCAAUGUUAGAGCAAUUAUUAAUCACUUCAACCCUAAGAUUGAGUCCUAUGCUGCUGUGAACCAUAUAUCCCAGCUUUCAGAAGAUCAGGUGCUGGAAGUGGUACGGUCAAACUACGACACGCUAACUUUAAAGUUGCAAGAUGGUCUAGAUCAAUUUGAGCGUUACUCUGAGCAGCCCAAAGAGGCCGCCUUCUUCAAGGAGCUGGUGCGCUCCAUCAGUCUGAAUGUGAGAAAGAACGUGUCUCUAAAUACUGUGAGUCAGGACGUCCUGCUGAAGGAAUUCUCCUCUAUAUCCUGAAAGAACAGGAACUCUCAUCUGUGUAUAGAACUCUUCCAUACUGACACAUCUGCAUAAUGCCCCACACAUCUGAGACUUUUCAAUGUUAAACAGACUUCACAGUGGACUAUACUGGAUUUGAUCCACAGGCUGUAUUAUAGAGCAAGUAUGUGUGUGAUUUCAGAACAGACUUGUAUUCUCUCAACAAAGCAAUCAGCCAAACUUUGCAAAAUGAUUGUGUAAAGAAUUUUGAUUUUGACUACCCAGUAUUUCUUUUUCCUGUCUUUUUCCUUUUCUUGAUGGCCUGGUGCUUUUUCUGUUGAUUUAUACUGUAUGCCAUGUUCUCACUGCCUUAGUAUCAAGCUGAUGAGACCCAAUAUGCACAUGAAAGUUUAUCACAAAUUCACAAAGAAAUGUCUACCCUAUUUAACACAAAAUCAAUAGGAAGAAAUAAGUAAAUAUGUUUUGCAUAAAGAAAAUGAAUCCUAUUUCAGAACCAUAAAGAUUUUUAGAAUUUUGGCAUGAUUUUCAUACGGCAAAGCAAAAAGAUUAUUAUAUAUAUAUAUAUAUAUAUAUAUAUAUAUAUAUAUCAUCAUUGGUAUAUAGUAAUGAUAGUAAUCGUCCUUUCCAGAUGUCCAGACACCAUUUUUGAAAAUGAAUAUCAGCAUAUAUUAAAUUGAGUACUACAAAUACUACCAUGAUGUUACUUUGUUUCUUUAUGCACAAUAGAAUAUCUUAUUUAUUCCUAUUUAUUUUGUAGAGAAACAUGACCUGAAGAUUUAUUAACAGCUUUUGUGAGAUUAACCUUUGUGAAUGCACUAAUGUUAAAAACUGAUGUCUCUUGAUAUUUUCUUUUCCUCUCAGUAUUUCCCAGUAUUGCCAGAAGUUUCAGUACAUUAACAUGAAAGCAUUGUACAGGGUUGUAGUGGACAAAGUAGACUGUAUAUUAAGUGCAAACUAAAAUUUAUUUGACACAAAAUGAAGCCUCAUUUGUAAGAGAUCCCACUGUCUAUGCUGGUUUAAAUUUUUGUUCGGGUUUGUAAUUUGAGCAUUACAAAAUCCAAACCAGAUCUACUAAUUAGUCAGUUUAAACCAGCACAUGGAGAAUAACUGAAUAAACAAAAAUGGUUCAAAGACAUUCUUAGUAAACUCUUGCUGGCUUUAGUUCUAGAUGAGUAUCUGGCUUCCUUUGCUUUAGUAUUCUUAUGAGUAUUUCCUAAUUAAAUCUUAUUUUGA